UUCUUCUAUGUAGUUCUCUUCAUUUUAGCCUACUAUUUUUUUCUUCCGUUUUCUUUAUUUAUUCUUCCCUUAUCCUCUUUAAUAAUUAUUUUUCACGCUUUAUCCUUUCUCUAUACAAAUAUUUUUUAAUUUAUUUUAAUAAAAUUUAAUUUUUUUAGAAUUUUUUCUCCUCAAACUCGGUCAAAUAAAGGCAGUUUAAACGAAUAAUUUGACUGCAAAAAUAAAUUAAUUAAUUUUUUGUUGAAUAAACACUUCAAUUAUAUAAAUACUCACAAUCCCCAAGUUCCCCCAAAAAAUGUUGCCAUCCCCCUUUACAAAUUCCUUCAGCCACCCUUUCCACAAAUUAACAACUUGUUCUGUAACAAACUUGCCAAAUUGUUCUUCAAAUAUUUUGAGGUUUUAUCUGCUUGUGUUUGUAUCAUCUCAAAACUUUUUGUCAUUAAAUGGGUCACCGUCUAUGAGGAAUGGGGCGUCAAUACUUGCAGAUGAUAUAAAUGUUAAUAAAGAAAUACACCGACCAAUAUAUGAAUCAUCUGUCCAUAAAAGAAAAACUACCCCCUCAAAUAACAACAGCAAUACACCCCUAUCUCUAGUAGAGGAACAUCCAUUAUUUCAACAACAAAGACAAAAUGAUCCUUUUCCUCCUAAUAGAGAAGAAUCUCAACAAGAAAAUUCUGUUAAUAAUGUUGUCGAGGUUGAUGCAAGUCCUGGUUUUGUUAAAGCGGCGGAUUUGCUUAAACAUUCUAUUGAUGAACGGGUAGAUCCUUGUGAAGAUUUCUUCGAUUUUGCUUGUGGUAAAUGGGUUGCCAAUAAUCCAAUACCUGAUGAUCUCACAUCUUACGGGCAUUUUAGUGAAUUACGAGAGAAAGUUAAUCACGAAAUGAAAACACUUUUUGAAUCUCCAGACGAGCCAACCUCCGUAGCAAUAAAAAAUUUAAAAAGUUUGUAUCACGGCUGUAUGAACACAGAGGAUUUGAAUAGAAGGAAUAGUUCAGAAUUAUUAAGUCGAGUAGCAAAGUUUGGUCACUGGCCAAUUAUUUCUCCAAAUAAAUGGAAGGCGGAAGAAUUCGAUUUAACCGAUCUUUUGGUCCACGUUGGCCGUUCUCGAGCUAUUGACGUGUUUGUGGAUGUUUAUGUGUCGUUGGAUCAGAAAAAUGCUACAAGGCGUUUACUCAAUUUUGAUCAAGGGGGUUUGGGAUUGGGGGCUAGUGCUCGAGAUUAUUAUUUAAAUGAUACAAGAUAUGGGAAUCAGAUGGCGGCAUAUAAGCGUUAUAUGAUUGAGAAGGUGAAUAAAUCGAAAUUUUAUUUUAAUUAUUAA